UCCAGGCUCCGCGGGAAGUGGUUCUUCCCGCGAGCCUCCAGCGCCAAGGCCGGCGGAACAGAGUUUCAGCGCCGCGGUUUCCGGCUCGGAAGUGACUGCUGAGGCGCUGGCGGGCCAGCAACAUGGCGCGGUGGGGGAAUAAGGCAGCUGUAGUGCUGUGUGUGGAUGUGGGCUUUGCCAUGAGUAACUCCUUUCCUGGUGAAGAAUCCCCAUUUGAACUAGCAAAGAAGGUGAUAACCAUGUUUGUGCAGCGACAGGUGUUUGCUGAGAGCAAGGAUGAAAUUGCAUUAGUCCUUUUUGGUACAGACGGCACUGAGAAUGCCCUCGCUGGUAAGGAUCAGUAUCAGAACAUCACAGUGCAUAGACACCUGAAGCUACCAGACUUUGACUUGCUGGAGGACAUUGAAAGCAAAAUCCAACCAGGUUCUCAACAAGCUGAUUUCCUGGAUGCCCUCAUCGUGUGCAUGGAUUUGAUUCAACAAGAAACUAUAGGAAAGAAGUUUGAGAAGAGGCAUAUUGAAGUGUUCACUGACCUCAGCAGCCCAUUCAGCAAAGAUCAGCUGGACAUUAUCAUUCAUAACUUGAAGAAAUCUGGCAUCUCGCUGCAAUUCUUUUUGCCUUUCCCAAUUGGCAAGCAAGAUGGAACUGGGGACAGAAGAGACAGCAGCUUGCGCCCAGACCACCAUGGACCCUCCUUUCCUCUGAAAGGAAUUACUGAGCAGCAAAAAGAAGGUAUUCAGAUGGUGAAAAAGGUGAUGAUGUCUCUAGAAGGUGAAGAUGGGCUGGAUGAAAUAUAUUCCUUUAGUGAGAGUCUGAAACAACUGUGCGUCUUUAAGAAAAUUGAGAAGCAUUCCAUGCCCUGGCCUUGUCAACUGACCAUUGGCUCCAAUUUGUCUAUAAGGAUUGUGGCUUACAAAUCGAUUCUACAGGAGAAAGUUAAACAAUCUUGGACAGCUGUGGAUGCAAGAACCCUAAAAAAGGAAGAUAUACGAAAAGAAACAGUUUAUUGCUUGAAUGAUGAUGAUGAAACUGAAGUUCCAAAAGAGGAUACUAUUCAAGGGUUCCGCUAUGGGAGUGAUAUCAUUCCUUUCUCCAAAGUGGAUGAGGAACAAAUGAAAUAUAAAUCGGAGGGGAAGUGCUUCUCAGUUUUGGGAUUUUGUAGAUCUUCUCAGGUCCACAGGAAAUAUUUUAUGGGAAAUCAAGUUCUAAAGGUCUUUGCAGCAAAAGAUGAUGAGGCAGCAGCAGUUGCCCUUUCCUCCUUGAUACAUGCUCUGGAUGAAUUAGACAUGGUGGCCGUAGUUCGAUACGCCUAUGACAAAAAAGCUAAUCCCCAAGUUGGCGUGGCUUUUCCCUACAUCAAGGAUGCCUAUGAGUGUUUAGUGUACAUCCAGCUGCCUUUCAUGGAAGACUUGCGGCAGUACAUGUUUUCAUCCUUGAAAAAUAACAAGAAAUGCACUCCCACAGAGGCGCAGUUGAGUGCUGUUGAUUCUUUGAUUGACUCCAUGUGCUUGGUAAAGAAAGAUGAAGAGGAAGGCACCAUUGAAGACUUAUUUCCAACUGUCAAAAUCCCAAAUCCUCAAUUCCAGAGGUUAUUUCAGUGUCUGCUGCACAGAGCUUUACAUCCCCAGGAGCCUCUGCCCCCAAUUCAGCAGCAUAUUUUGAAUAUGCUGGAUCCCCCCACCGAAGUGACAGCUAAAUGUCAGAUUCCUCUCUCUAAAAUAAAGACCCUUUUUCCUCUGACUGAAGUCAUCAAGAAAAAGGACCAAGUGACUGCUCAGGACAUUUUCCAAGACAACCAUGAAGAGGCACCCAGCUCUAAAAAACUGAAGACUGAGGAAGAGGAAGCCCACUUUCGUAUCUCCAGCCUGGCUGAAGGCAGUGUCACCCGUGUCGGAAGUGUGACUCCUGCUGAAAACUUCCGUGUUCUAGUGAGGCAGAAGAAGGCCAGCUUCGAGGAAGCGAGUCACCAGCUAAUAAGUCACAUUGAACAGUUUUUGGAUACUAAUGAAACACCGUAUUUUAUGAAGAGCAUGGACUGUAUCAGAGUCUUCCGGGAGGAAGCCAUUCAGUUUUCAGAAGAGCAGCGCUUUAAUAGUUUCCUGAGAGCCCUUCGAGAGAAAGUGGAAAUGAAACAAUUAAAUCAUUUCUGGGAAAUUGUCAUCCAGGAUGGAAUGACUCUGAUCACCAAAGAUGAAGCCUCUGGAAGCUCUGUCACAGUCGAGGAAGCCCAAAAGUUUCUGGAACCUGAAGAAAAUCCAAAUGAAGACGCGGCAGCCAUGCUCGAGGAGGGUGGUGACGUGGAUGAUUUGCUGGACUUGAUAUAGCUCGAGGAUGUGUGGGGAAUCUCUGGGAGUCGCCAUCACUGCGGUGCUGCAAGUUCUAUACGGAACAACCUGGAGACGGCACUUCAAGCAGAACCUGAAGCCCUGGAGAUGGUCCCUGCAGGUUACAGGGACAUGGAUCUGCCAGCUUCCUGUGGAAUGAGUACAAACAUAUAGAAGGGAUAAUUUAGACCCCAUCCAAGUUUAUAAAGAGUCAUUGUUAUUUUCUGAUUAA